UUUUCUUUCACGUCGACAUAUAAGAGACGGGUGGGGAUUUAUAUGCUGUGUCAAAUGCUUCUACUAUUUGCUCACUCACCUCCAAAAUGGAGAUUCAAAGCGAAAGAGAUGAAGAGGAGGGAUUAGACAUGAAGGUCAUCUACCUUUUGGACGCUACAGAAGCCUAUUUAAAGCUUCAUAACUCCUUGUCUCACACCAUGCGUCAGGGAUGGUUGGAGAUAGCAAGUGCCCGGUAUUCAAUGGGCUUAUCACGCAUAAGUGAAGCAUUAUUUAGUUUAAAACCUUGUUCUGCACAGACAUCGAUAUCUCUUGAUUAUAGAAAUGGUCUUGCUGCAACAUAUGAGAAAUCGGAAGCAGAGGAAGCCGAAGGACACAUAUCUACAUCAAGAGAGAAAUACCCAACUUGCUUCACUCUUCACAAGUGGGAGAAUAAAAAGGAAGUUGAGAAUGAAGUAGAUGUUGGUUUCGGACAGAAGAGAUCUGCAUCACAAUUGCGGCAUCGCCCUCUUUCUCAUUCUUCUGAUAAAUCUAGGGGGGAAGUGCUAACAGAUAAUGCAGGCUUGGAAUCAAGUUCUAGCUCAACGGUUACUCAGGUUCAGAAGCGAAAGUCUGAGGCUCUGUCCUUAUUUGGCACACUAGUUUCCCCACAGCUUCGAUUGGCUCAGGGUUCAUUUGAAACAGCACUUGAAACCCUUGUGCAACUUGCAAAUGCAAGGAGCACAAUGUUGUCUUUUUUGGAUCAAAUUUCUAAGGAAAAGGAAAACAAGUUUUGUGGAGCAGAUUGAAACCCAAUCCUGGGUUGUCUAUGAUAUCACUCCAUAACAAUUGUGGAGAUCUAUAUUGCUUGUUCAAAGCAAAAUGAGCAAAAGAUUUAAUAGACUUCUAAACUGUAUUGCACAAAUUUUUGUUUUAGAAAGUGAAAAAUAAUAUGAUGACCAGAAGAUGAAAUGAAAAAGCGCCUAGAACAUGGUUCUUGCCUUGGGAAAGAUGAUGUUGCACACUCUGGCAGAACAUAAAUUUGUAGUUAAUUUGAUUUUUACAAGGUGUUAGUGCGAUUCGUAUCA